AUGUCAAACUUCACAGGUGAAGAAGGGAGCUUCUCUUCAGGAAACACUGGGGAGGAAGUCCACCAGCAUGAGAAACAACAGCAGUUGCAAGGCCAUCUUCACGGGCCGAACUCGCAACCUUCCAGUGGGACCAACGACAGCGGCUCCACCUCGCAGCAACAGCCGGCCAAGAAGAAGAGGAAUCUGCCGGGGACACCAGACCCGAAUGCUGAAGUCGUCGCUCUAUCGCCGACGACUCUGAUGGCGACGAAUCGCUUCGUGUGCGAGAUCUGCAACAAGGGCUUCCAAAGAGACCAGAACCUUCAGCUGCACAGAAGGGGGCACAACCUCCCAUGGAAGCUCAGACAAAGGUCGCCUAACGAGGCCAAGAAGAGGGUCUACAUUUGCCCGGAGCCGACGUGCGUGCACCACAACCCGGCUCGCGCCCUCGGGGACCUGACAGGAAUCAAGAAGCACUACAGCCGCAAGCACGGCGAGAAGAAGUGGAAGUGCGACAAGUGCUCGAAGAAGUACGCGGUGCAGUCCGACUGGAAGGCGCACCAGAAGACUUGCGGGACUCGGGAGUACAAGUGCGACUGCGGAACCAUAUUUUCCAGGAGAGACAGCUUCAUCACCCACCGUGCCUUCUGCGACGCGCUCGCCGAGGAGAACAACAAGGUGAACCAAGGCCUCCACCAGCAGAUGCCUAACCAUGACCUCUUGCCCUCCUCAAUGCCCAUGCUCAACACCACCACCAACUCCUCCGCCUCCCCCAUGUUCCUCACCGACUUCAACGCCACCUUCGAUUCCAAGAACCCCCUCAAGUCCCUCCCCCAGGACAUCGUCCCCUUGCCCCUCAAGCCCAACACCAACAACCUCAGCAGCAUGAGCAUGAUGUCGCCUCCCGGCAUGUUCUCGACCACCUCGGGCACGCUCUUCGGCUGCCCGAGGGGCGCCGCCAUCUCCCCCUCCUCCUCCAGCCUCCAGCUCAGCUCCAACACCUCGUCCGGCGGCUUCAACUACCUCCAAGAAGCAAAGGCCGGCAGUGGCGGUGGCGGCCUGCUGGCAGCGGGCUGCGGCGGCGCCUCCUCUUCCCACAUGUCGGCGACUGCACUGCUACAGAAGGCGGCCCAGAUGGGUGCGACCGCGAGCAACAGCAUCAACUCGCCCAUGAUGCACCAGAAGAGCUUCAUGGCUGGACCUGACCAGCAGCAACAGCAGCAACAACAACAACUCAUCCCAACCAGCUCCGCUCCUCCUCUUCCCACCAGACCACAGCCGUCGAUGUCGUCUCUGUACAGCAUCGGCAAUGUCCCGCAUCAGCAUAACAGCAACAACGUGCACCCGGCUUCCUUCGACCAUCAUCCUCAUCACGGGUUCCAGUCGCCCCCGCCGCUGCCCCACCCUGAACAGUUCAACCAGCUCCUGCAGAAGAGCAACCCACACGACCAUCACCACAACCCGAUGCCGCAUGUCAACGAGAGUAGUAACGUAAUGAUGAGCGGCGACAUGGGGAUGUUUAGCAGCAUGCUCAUGGUGGGCGCAGAUCAUCACAACAUGAAGAGCACUCCUAGAGUGGUGGUGGAUCAUGAAGACAAUAGCCCGACGAGCUUCGGGCAAGGAAGGACGCCGUCGGAGAAGAAUGUUCCAAUAGGACCAACGAUGUUCGGAGGCAAUAGUAGUAACAAUCACAGCAGUAGCAAAAGUAAGAACGACGGCGUGACGACGCUCGAUUUUUUGGGGCUCGGCGGGUCGCGGCACGUGGGGAAUUUGCAUGAACAGCAACAGCAGCAGAGGAUGGAGAUGGAGGGGAUGAGCCAGCAGAGAUUGCCUGCAAUGAUGGGUCAUUUUGCUCAACAGCUCUCUCAUGGCGAAUCAGCAAUGGAGAAACCAAUAUGGGAUGCUUGA